GUAUACAAAUGCCCAGCAUGCGUAUAGACCAGGGCACUCUACCAGCACAGCAUUAGUGCACAUGACUGAUAAAUGGUUAAAAUCUAUGGAUAACAAGGAACUGGUAGGUGCUGUGCUCCUGGAUUUUACUGCUGCUUUUGAUGUCAUUGAUUAUAGCAUUCUCAUAGCAAAGCUCAAAUGUUAUGGCUUUUCAUCCUUAUCUCUGGCUUGGAUUAGGAGUUAUCUCUUUGGCAGAACACAGUGAGUAUUUUUUAACGGUAGUUUUUCUGCCAGUGGUAAUAUGUCUUGUGGAGUCCCACAGGGAAGUUGUUUAGGUCCACUUUUAUUUUUCAUUUUUAUAAAUGAUUUACCUUGUGUUGUCAAAAAUGCUGAUUUUAUUAUGUACGCGGAUGACUCUACUUUGUUCUGUACAUCACCAACUUCAUUUGAGCUGAGGGAGAAGCUUCAGGUUGAGUUGUAUAACAUAACCAAAUGGGUAAGAAUGAACAAGCUGGUAUUAAACAUUGCCAAAACUAAAUCCAUUGUAUUUGGAAGUAGGAAUGCUCUUGCUAAUGCCACUGCACUUAACUUGUUUGUGGAUGGGGUAUCAGUUGAGCAGGUGACUAAGGCCAAAUUACUGGGUUCCCUCGGAAGAGCUGACGGAAGUGGCUGGGGAGAGGACUGUCUGGGCUUCUCUGCUGAGGCUGCUGCCCCCGCGACCCGGACCCGGAUAAGCGGAGGACGACGAAUACGAUGGGCCUCAUAUCAGACAAUAAUGAGACUCACUACAGAGAGGAGAUCCACCACCUGGCCCGGUGGUGCUCAGACAACAACCUGGUCCUGAACACCGCCAAGACAAAAGAGGUCAUUGUAGACUACAGGACGACCAGAAGAACAGCACACGCUCUACUACUCAUACAGGGGGAGGUAGUGGAGCGUGUGGACAACAUCAAGUUCCUGGGAAUCCACAUCACAGCUGACCUCACCUGGGCUCUGAACACCACGCACUUAGUAAAGAAGGCUCAGCAAAGACUCUUCUUUCUGAGGAAGCUCAGGAAGGCCGGACUCCCCUCCAGGCUAAUGACAAACUUUUACAGAAGCACCAUCGAGAGCAUCCUCUGUCUUGGCAUGACCGUUUGGUACAGCAGCUGCACGGCACAAGACAGAAAGGACUUGGCCCGGGUGGUAAGAACAGCCCAGAGGAUUGUGGGAAGUCCUCUCCCAGACCUGGACUCGGUGUACGCUGGCCGCCUCCAGAGGAAGGCCAGCAGCAUCGCCACAGAUCCCACCCACCCGGGUCACAGACUGUUCUCUCCCCUGCCCUCAGGACGGAGGUACAGGGCCCUCAAAGCAAGGACAAAUAGACUGAGGAACAGCUUUUUCCCCAGGGCUGUGGCCUCCAUCAACCCCCCUGCACUCACAUACACACCAGCCCCAAACUGAGGAACUGACCUUUGCACUCUGAACUGCACCGUUGCACUUUACCUCACCUUGCUGCUGUUUUUACACUGCCUGCUGCCUCUUUUAUCGAAGUUUUUAUACUGCUGCUAUAUCUCUCACGCACUUUAUUGUUUUUAUACCUUACUGACGUCUUUUUAUAUUUAUAUUUAUAUACUGUCUGUCCUUUUUAUUGUGUUGUUAUGUUGCCGAGGGUACUACACGUAAUUUCGUUGUGCAAUGCACAAUGACAAUAAAGUCUUCUUCUUCUUGCGAC